AAUUCAGGUCAGAGUUCAAAGUCACACGGUACUCUUGCAAGUAUGGCGGCCCUGGUUGGACGCAGGGCGCUUUUGCAAGCAUGUAGUUUGCAGUUUACUGACAGUAAUAAUGCGUGCAAACUAGGCUCGUCUUACUUUGCUUCACGACGGUAUGUAUGCUUCGCUAAGUCAAAUUUUCCGCCGCUCGGCUUUGGCGCAGUGGCACGACGGUACAGCUCGGAAGCAAAGGACGAUUUAGUCUUGAGAUAUCUUGACGGAGAAGACUACGGUAUAGUGGUUGUUGGGAUCAACCGACCGAAAGCCAAAAAUGCUAUAAGCAAAAAUCUGGUGAAAAUGAUGUCUGAGGCUGUGGGGGAUAUAAAAAAGAAUAACAAAGUACGCAGUGUAAUUAUAUGCAGUUUAGUUCCAGGAAUCUUUUGUGCUGGAGCAGACCUUAAAGAGAGGGCCAAGAUGCAGCAAAGUGAAGUAGGACCAUUUGUCUCUAAAGCAAGAGCACUCAUCACUGACUUGGGUAACCUACCAAUGCCAACCAUAGCUGCACUGGAUGGCGCUGCCUUAGGAGGAGGCUUGGAAAUGGCCCUGGCGUGCGACAUCAGAGUUGCCUCAAAUACUGCAAAAAUGGGACUUGUUGAGACAAAACUUGCUAUCAUUCCUGGGGCAGGUGGUACGCAACGCCUUCCCAGGGUGGUUGGCGUGUCUCAUGCUAAAGAGUUAAUCUACACUGCCCGGGUGGUAGAUGGAGCAGAAGCCUGCCGCUUGGGUCUGGUCAGUCAUUCUGUGGAGCAGAAUAAGAACGGGGAUGCUGCCUACCUGCGUGCGUUGGAGCUCGCACGUGAGAUUAACCCUCAGGGUCCAAUUGCUGUCAGGAUGGCAAAACUGGCCAUCAAUCAGGGUAUAGAGGUGGAUCUGUCCACAGGUUUGGCUAUUGAAGAAGCAUGCUAUGCCCAAGUAAUACCCACUAAAGAUCGACUGGAGGGUUUGGCUGCAUUCAAGGAAAAGAGGCGUCCUAACUACAAGGGAGAGUGAGUCUUCAACGCUUCCAAAAGCAUUCAAGAGUUCGACCUCAAGUUCUCUUGUACCACUGCUUCCAACAUGAAACUGUACACUUCAGUACCUGAAGGACCAGAUGACGUUUGAUACUGGAUGGAUCAGUGCUGUAGCUAUAAAACGACAAGAACAUAUUGACCCAGUAAUGUCCAGUGAUUGCCAUUUUAACAACACUAAUCACUAUUUGCACUCAAAUUAAGCCAUAAAUGAGUCUGAUUUUGUUCUCACUUGAAUGACUUGUUUCUGUCCACUAUCAAAAACACACUGUGACCUGACAAUUGCUAUCACCAGUUAGCGAAGCAAAGCCGACAUAAUCACAAUGAUUAUUAAAGGACUCUUGUAUCAUUCGUUUUUACGUGACUUCUAUUUAAGUUACUCAUUAAACUCAUUAUUUCUUUUUCUCUAAAAUGUUACAGAGAUACCUAAUGGAAUAAAACAAGCUGGGAUGCUUUUUAACCUCAGUAUCCCCAUACCACACACCUUAAGGUUUGCAUGGAUUCAUAGUUGGUACAUGUGACAGCUUGCUUUUGUCUGUAACCUGAAAUGUUACCUGCCUUUUCUUGUAUUCUGUACUGUGUGCGUAUGUUUCUUCAUCACCGUAGGUCGCAGAAUGUUUUUGUUUUUCAAGCCUCAAACUCAUCUGGACUGUUGAUUGCAGUCGUAAGGAUGAUGAUUGUAAUCCUGACACAGCCCAGACAGCAAAAUAAAAGUUCUGAGGAACUUGUGAAGUGGCCCCAGCUCAGCCAGCUCCAUCACUAGCAUGAGGCUCUCUGCCUCACAGAUACCAAUCAUCCGGACAAUGUAAGGAUUGUCCAACUGCUGCAUGACAUCGGCUUCUCGCAGCAUUUCCUCCCGAACUGAUGUGCUGCUAUCAUCGUUCUUAAGGAUUUUCACGGCAACUGGUUGCUUUGUCCUAACGCACAAGAUGGAUUAGUCAGUGGUGACCUUCAUAUAUUGAAAAUAUACAUAGAGAAGCCCUUCCUGACUGUACCGAAGUUUCCUGAACCCAAUUCUUCAUCUUCCAAAUGGAGCUGUUCGUAAUUUACAAUGGCAUUUCUCAGCUCAUCAGGAUCUGCAUACGUCCUGUCGUAAACCGGUGUGUCCAUCGGCAAAGACUCUGAGGGGAAAAAUACACAGAAAUACAAGUUUUAUUCCAUCACAAGAAACCAACCGCAUUAAUGUAUGAUAAU